AUGACUCUGACCGAGGAUAAAGGCGACGUCGUACGCCUCGGACCAAGUGAGCUCUCCUUCUGCUCCCUCAGUGCCCACGACACCAUCUACAACACAAACUGCGCUUCCUUCAUCACAUAUGGAUCAUUCCAGUCGACUGCGGAAGGUCUCUGUCCACCGGGCGUUACCUUUGUAAGCCAUAGCAGCCCAGCAGAGCAGAGAGAGUUGCGGAGAGUCUUCCAACCCGCCAUCCGUCUCGCGCUCGCGGGCGGUAUUGAGGGCCACCACGAGAGACGAUUCGGCGAGCUCGUGGCCAGGUUGGACAUCAAGGCGGGCGUGCCCAAGUGUUAUAAUCUCACCAGUCUCCUCGAGAAGUUGGAAUGGGAUCUCAUAGGCGACUUGGGACUGGGAUAUUCCGUCCCGCAAAGGCUGAAAGACAACUGGCUCGGCCAAAAGACUCACCAACACCUGAUCGGAGUCGGCUUCGCGCUGGGUUCAUUCCUUCUGGGCCGGCGCGGACUCAAGGUGCUCGUUGAUAUCUUUGGCCCUCUGUGGAUACCAAAAUACCUAGACCCGAAACACCUAUCUGUUGUCGCACUGAAGCAGCGAGCCGAAGGCAAGAACACGUUCGUUUCCCAAGGAAUACCGUACAAGAACGACAAGUACCCUGUCUUGACCAAGCAGAUGUCUAGCAACGUGACUGGCCUGAUUUACGCCGCGUUCGAAACAUCCGAGUCCACCACCCGAGCGAUCCUAUGCGCUCUCAUGCGGGAUCCGUUGCGCUACCGCACUCUACAACAGGAGAUCCGGUCAACCUUCUCAGCCUCCAAGCCCAUCACCGACAGCCAACUCCUAGGACUUCCCUACCUCACGGCCUGUAUCAACGAGGGAUUGCGGCUCUGGCCCGGACUGAACGGGCAAUUCACCAGUCGGGUUUCGACAGGCGCUGUGGUAGACGGUGUUUACGUUCCCCCUGGAUGCUUAGUCUCGGCGGAUCUGUACACACUUCAGCGCCACCCGAGAUACUGGCAUGAUCCGGACACCUACAAGCCCGAACGCUGGUUGGACCCGAAAAACCCAGACGAAAUGCGCGCCUUCCGGCCGUUCUCCACGGGCCCCCGCUCGUGCCCGGGCCGGCAGAUCGCGCUGCAGAAGCUUCGGCUCACGCUCGCCAAAUUCAUGUUCCUGUUCGAUAUGCAGUUUGUCAAUCCCCAUUUCGAGUGGGACCGAGAUGUGCCGUCGGGUCUUUUGUGGAGUUCGGUCGAGGUCAUGGUGCGGAUGUCGCUUCUGGAACCGCCAGUCGAAGCUUGA